AUGCCAACCAAGGCAAUGCUGUGGAAUCUACUGGGACGUCGAGCGGCAGGAGAUUUCCCGCGAGAUCAGGAAGACGUGGACCUAAUUAUCCCAAUUUUCUGCCCGAUACACGAGUUGUCGAAAUUCUCCCCUCGCAAGAUGAUCCGAAUCUAUAUGAGUCUACGUGAAACCAGUUCGAAUUAUCCGGCCCAGUCGUAUCUCACUGGCAACGAUGGGAGUAAGGAUUCGUACUCGUUGUGUCUUCGAGGCAUGUGUCGGUCACCCGACGAAAUCUCCCUCACCGAUUGGCCGUUUAUGUUGUCACCGAAGAUUUCGGAACAACUCGCAGAUAUAGCGCUGCAUUAUAUCUAA